AUGAAGUUCCUCGGAGGAUUUACCACGCUUCUCCUCCCUCUCGGAGCCCUGGCUAGCACGGGCUACUUUUGCGAAAACACGCCCCACGUCGGUGCUGUGGCCCCCACCUAUAACUGCGGAAAGCAGUGCGGACUGGACAGCUACAACACCCAAUUCUCGACCUACCACUGCUGGGUGGAUGGUGAUGGUGUCAAGUCCUGCUUCAAGAAGUGUUGCAAGGAUGCGGGCAGGGAGGUGGGCACUAUCUCGGGUCUUUAA